UCGCUGUGCCUGGUCCCUCCUACUCUGGAGACUUGAAAUUGACCCGACACGACAACAUCGACAAUCGUCGUCCUCUCUCUCUCUCUCUCUCUCGGAUUUUGGUGAGAGCAGCUGAAACUCCAAAAAAGCUGAUGCGGAAGCAAUAUGCUGCAACGAUAAAAAUCCAUUCUUUUGGCGCUUUGGCAUGAUCUCUUUUCCGUAGAGCAGCAGGGGGUCUUUGAUUUUGAUGCUCUGAUCUCUUCAAAUGGAGCAAGCGUCUAAUAACAGUCCGAAAGGGACUCUGCAAGGUUUCUCUCAUGUGACUGAUGCGCCAAUUCUUUGGAAAUCUCGAAAGAGAUCAGCAAAUGCCUGGAAUUUAGACAAGACCAUGGCAGACACUGCUGAUAAUACACCUACUAAACAAGAGAAGAUGACAAUGGAUGAGAAGAUGCAGGAUUCGACACCACUCUCUGUCCUUUCUGUGAAGCGCAAGGCUCUGUUUGAGCCAUUAGAACCGAUAAACGAUAUCAACGGUCAAAGACCAUCUGCUGAAUCCCUGCUCCCGCCACCAGAUUUCGAUACUGCAAGCUAUCCACGCGGCUGGCUUGUUGGAAAGAAGCGCAAACUAGUCAAUGUGGAUGUUGUCGAAAGCAUGAGAAGAAUUGCCAUUCAAGAGAUGAACAGAAAGGACCGGGAAAUUGACGGUCUAAAUGAGCAGCUGGAAGAGGACUCUCGGGUAUUGGAACAUCUUCAGCUACAGCUCUUGGAGGAAAAGAGGAAACGCGUGGAAGUAGAGAGGGAAAAUACAAUGCUGCAGGAUCAAAUAUCCAUGCUGAUGAAUAUGAUGCAGGAGAAUGACACGAUAGACGAAGAAAGGCAACGCGAGCCAUAAUCACCUAGUCUUUGUUGAUAAAUAGUUUUCUCAAUUCUGGGUAAAUCUUGUUCAGUAUUCAUCUCAUUUAGCUAAAAUCUGCCAUUCCUAUGUUGGUAGCAUCAUCAAUGGAUCCUUGUGCACGUUGGGAGCUUGAAUAUGCUUAAUACUGGUAGUAGUCCAAACCUACAUCUAUCGAGCUGUUAAUGUGUGUAUUCUGUACCUGGUUUCAUUGAAUCCCACGUAAUAUUCAAAGCAGAGGUUAAGUUGUUAGUUUCGUA